CGCAGCAAAUGACGUCGCUGGAGAUAAUCAUUCUGAUAUAGUUCUGCGAACCGUGAGUUGCUCCUGGAGAGAAUGUUGCUAUCUAUCUGGAUCUUAUACGCGGUCUUUUCCACUUUGAACAUCGCAAAUGCUUCGGAGUAUCACCACAACCCACGAAUAAUUCUGACGCCAAAAGAUAUGACAUUCAGGAGGCACAGCCGCAAUGGGACACAUGACCGCACCGAGAUCGUUCAGGGACCACACAAUGACAGCAUUUAUGUUGGAGGCCACGGAACGCUGUCCUACAUUGAUUUCCAGAACCCCAGCCAGUCAAAAGAGGUCACCUUGUUUGAAAAUGAAUGUAAGGACCAAAAUUCAACUGACAGCUGUGAACAUGACAUCACCAUCCUGCAUACAUUCAAAGGGAGAACAGACAUUUUUGUUUGUGGAACAAAUGGCAUCCUCCCAGUGUGCUGUUAUAUGAAACAAUCUGAAUUUGGCACCUGCUCAUCAUUUCCAGCUGAAGGAAUAGCUCCAUUCUCUGUGAAAGAGAAAGCACCAUCCCUCUACAUUGAGGAGGAGCUUUUCACCACUGCCAACCUUGACGCCCGAGGCGAUGGGGUGGGCAUCCGUAGGCACUUUGGGACAAACGGCAAACUCUCAGCACCUGCCAGUAAAACAGAGCAGAGAUUUGUGGCCAUGGAAAUAAGUGGGCCCAGGGCUGAUCCACUACAGGACAGAAUCUACGCCUUUUUGGCACAGAGGAAUCGGGAUAAGCACCCAGACGCUGACCGUUGGGUUUCCCAGGUUGUCCAGGUGUGCAAGGUAGAUCGCGGUGGAACCAAAAAUAUUCUGGAGAGGCUCUGGACCUCGCUCCUGAGUGCCCGGCUUUACUGUGGAAUUCACUUCAGCAAGAUUCUGGAUGUGGAUGUCCUGCAUGCAGCCAACUGGAGAGACAGCAAGGUGUAUGCACUCUUCACCAAUGUAUGGGGCAUGAGGGCAGUGUGUGUGUACACCUUGGGUACUAUUGAUGACGUCUUCAUGAACUCAAAAUUCAAAAACAGUGGAGGGCCUUCACCAAACAGUCGGAAUAGAACGUGCGUUGAAAACAGCCAGACUCUCCCCCGGGAAGUGCUAAGGCAAAGGAAAGACUACCAAGAGCUGAAAGAUUGGAUCAGACCUGUGAAUGACAAGUCCCCCUUCAUGGUCAGUCACCGCCACUACAGACACAUCAGGGCUGACACUGUGAUUGGCAGGGGCGGCGUACAGCACACCGUCUUAUUCUUAUCUCUGGACAGCGGGAAGGUGCACAAGGUGCUGGAGCAGGCAGGUCCAACUUUUGUCAUCGCUGAGCUGCAGCCUUUCGGCAACAGAACCCACAUCCAAAACAUGCUACUGCAGUCAUCCACGAAGAAGAUGUACGUGAGCUCCAGCACUGAGGUCGUGGAACUGGACCUGCACAGCUGCAUGGAAUAUGGCCAACGGUGCGAGGAGUGUGUCCAGGCCAGAGACCCCUACUGUGGCUGGGAUGGGACCAAAUGCACUGCAGCCUCCAGUGACACGGUUCAGGAUGUGGAGCAUGGAAACUAUACGGUGUGCGAAGAAGCAGGUAAGACCGACAAAUAUGUGGCACCUCGCAAAGUUGACAACCUCCCCCCAUCGGCCAGGUACGUCCUGCAGUGCCCCACUCUGUCUGGCCAUGCUCAAUACAGCUGGCACCACCAUGGAAAGACGACAGAAUGCACCCGGGCAGAGGGGCAAUGCCUGCUGCUCAUAGAGAACAUGUCCCCUGCAAUGGAGGGCACCUACAGCUGCGUGUCCUCAGAGAGGGGCUACGAGAGAACGCUGGUAGAGUACGAGCUGCGGAUCGAGAGCAUAGCCACAACCAGCAAUCAGGACCCGGUGCUGCAGCCAGCCACGUAUAAUGUGAAUUUGAUGUCCAGCCGUAAGGAACUGGACCUGCACAGCUGCAUGAAAUAUGGCCAACGGUGCGAGGACUGUGUCCAGGCCAGAGACCUCAACUGCACCUGGGAUGGGACCAUAUGCACUGCAGCCUCCAGUGACACGGUUCAGGAUGUGGAGCAUGGAAACUAUAUGGUGUGCGAAGAGACAGGUAAGACCGAAAGAUCUAUCAGUUCACGAAAAUUUUACAACGUCCCCCCAUUGGCCAAGCACGUCCUGCUGUGCCCCACUGUGUCUGGCCAUGCCAACUACAGCUGGCACCACCAUGGAAGGACGACAGCGUGCCUCCAGGCAGAGGGGCAAUGCCUGCUGCUCAUAGAGAACAUGUCCCCUGCAAUGGUAGGCAACUACAGCUGCGUGUCCUCAGAGGGGGGCUAUGUGAGAACGCUGGUAGAGUACGAGCUGCUGAUGGAGAGCAGGGCCCCAGGACUGGACUCUUCUCUACUGGCCUCAGUCGUCGUCCUGAUUUGCCUGAUCCUGCUCCACUAGUCAAACCAGCAGCCAUUCGAACCGCUGCAGCGCUUGCUCGGGCUGGUAGGCCUAAAAAAACUGCGCUUCUUUUUGGUCCAAGUUGAGCACCGAGCCCCAGUGCAAUGAUAGGGACACAGUGAAGUAGGAGACAUUCAAGGUCCUGAUUUACAGUAAUCGUUACAUAUGCCAUUGAUGUUUUUCAUAAAGCAAAAUCCUGCCUUACAUUAAAAAGUCUUUUAAGUCUUAAUGUUUAAACUUGAACACAUGAAAAAUAUAUUUUAGUUUUUUUUAAUACUGUAUUUUGGGAAAUCUAAUCUUAGAAAUAGGUAUAUGCAUUAUAUACAUGGAGGGUUAGGGUUAUAUACAUUGUAAAACUAUAUAUAUAUAUGUGUGUGUCAACUACAUUAUUUUUACCCACAUCCAACAUAUUGUGUUUCAUUUCUUCCUGAGUUAGCAUUGGCCUACUGUGGGCAAGUGGUUCAGGAUUCUGAAGUAGACAAUUGGAAUGGAAAAUUCAGACUCCUGAACCUGAACUACUGACUACUGAAAGUAAUACAGAUAAACGUAUUACUGUUCCCACUGUUCUCUGUAUACUCCGUACGAUGCAGCAAAGCCACAAUUGUUUAACAGAAGUUCCACAGCCCCAGAUCUGACUGUACUGCUGCAGCCCUCUUCUGUAACAUGUUAGAGCUGAUAGAAUUUGGUGGGAUGAAUUGUGAGCAUGAAGUAUGUCAACCUGUAUGCUCCCACAAAUUACCCCCUGUAGCUCUCCAGAGCUGGGUGAGCCAUACGAUUUCUCUCUUUUGCUCCUGUGUGAAAAUUGUCCGCACUGCAGAUUCCACCAAUUUUGCAUGGUUCAGAACGCAGGGUACAGUAGCUGAAUAAGCUCUGCAUUAUCACAAACACAAUCAUGCCAGCUCCUACCAUUCAAAGAGGCCAGAGGGAGUCUGGUGGGGCUCAUUGGAUCCUCUCCAAAUAACGAAUAACCAAAAGACAAAAUUUCUCAUUCAAAUACAGACAAGAGGGUUCUGAAGGCUGGAGGCGACAGAUGUCACUGGCAGCUGCCCUCCAUGCAAUUUACAGCCGAGGCCAAAACACCACACCACAGAAAGGCAAGAUAUAAAGUAAAACUUUAUCAUGACAUACAUGUUUAAAGCCCUGAGAACCACAUCCUUAUAUUAAUUAUGUGAACAAAACUGAAUGUGUCAAAAUCACCUUUGGGAAAGUGCUCCAC